AAAUUUUCAUCAACCCAACCAACUACCAUCAAGCGAUUAGAACUACGACAAAAUGUGUGGAAUCUUUGGUGUUCAUAAUGUUCAAGGAGAUAUUAAACAAUUUAGAUAUAAAGCAUUAGAGUUAUCUAAAAAAUUAAGACAUCGUGGUCCAGAUUGGUCUGGAUGUUUUAUUGGUAAUCAAUCUGUUUUAGUUCAUGAAAGAUUAGCAAUCGUAGGAAUAGAAACUGGUGAACAACCUUUGGUUAGCGAAAAUGGAAAGAUUGCAUUAUGUGUGAAUGGUGAAAUUUAUAAUCAUAAAGCACUUACUAAGAAGUUGAAGACACCUUUGAAAACAAAACCAAAGUCAGAUUGCGAAAUUAUUUUACAUUUGUAUAACGAAUAUGGUACUGAUUUAUGCAACAUGUUAGAUGGAAUGUUUUCAUUCAUCUUACUCGAUACCACCAAACAACCACCAAGAUUGAUCGUAGCACGUGAUCCGAUCGGCAUAACAACCCUAUACUAUGGAACUCACAGUAGCCAACCCGAAACGAUUUAUAUUGCUUCAGAACUCAAAGCUAUACAUGAACACUGUGAUCAAUUAAGCGCCUUUCCACCUGGACAUUUUUAUGAUUCAGAAUUAACUUCAACCGAUAAAUUAGUCAGAUAUUAUCAACCUAGUUGGUUAAAUGGAGACUUAGAUUCAAGUCUUUUAUCUCAAGCUCAACCUGUCAAUUUCUCUAAAAUCCGAUCAGUUCUAGAACAAUCUGUUAAAAAACGUUUAAUGAGUGAAGUACCAUUUGGUGUUUUGCUUAGUGGUGGAUUAGAUAGUAGUUUAAUUGCAGCUAUUGCAGCUCAAGAAAUUCGUAAAGUUAACGAAGCUCAAUCAUUACAAUUCGCUACUGCUCUCGAAACUGAUUCUAACAGUCCAAUUCAACCUACUUCGGCUAAAUCUCAACCUAGUAGCAUAUAUAAUCAAACCAAUGAAUCUCAAGAAUCUAUCACAAGUUCAAUGCCGGGUGUAGAUGCUUCGUCUCUUAGAUCUGAAUCUAAUCUUACUUCUUGGCCACGAUUACACUCCUUCUCUGUAGGAUUACCGAAUGCACCUGAUUUGAUCGCAGCUAGAACUGUAGCUAAAUUCUUGAAAACAGUACAUCAUGAGUUUACAUUUACAGUUCAAGAAGGAUUAGACGCGAUUUCAGAUGUGAUUUAUCAUUUAGAAACUUAUGAUGUUACUACUGUUAGAGCUUCAACCCCAAUGUAUUUAUUAUCAAGAAAGAUUAAAUCAAUGGGAGUCAAAAUGGUUUUAUCUGGUGAAGGAUCAGAUGAAAUUUUUGGUGGUUAUCUUUACUUUAGUCAAGCACCGGAUCAAUUAAGUUUUUAUCAAGAAACUAUCAAACGGGUGAAAAACUUACACACUUCUGAUUGUUUACGGGCUAAUAAGUCUACUAUGGCUUGGGGACUUGAAGCUAGAGUUCCUUUCUUGGAUAAAGAAUUUUUGGAAUUAUGUCUCAAUAUUAGACCUGAAGAUAAACAAUUUGGAAAGGGUGCCAAUCAAACUCUUGAUAGUGAUGGAAGACCGAUCAUGGAAAAGUAUAUCUUACGUAAAGCAUUUGAUUCUAGUCCAGGUGAAAAACCUUUCUUACCUGAUGAAAUCUUAUGGCGUCAAAAAGAACAAUUUUCAGAUGGAGUUGGAUAUUCAUGGAUCGAUGGAUUAAAAGCUCAUGCAGAACAAACUAUUCGAGAUGACCAACUUACUAAAGCUGCUCAACGUUGGUCAAUUGAUACACCUGAAACUAAAGAAGCUUAUUUAAUUCGAGAAAUCUUUGAAAAACAUUUUCCAAGUGAAGCUGCAGCAAAGACUGCAGUUAGAUGGAUUCCUAGAGCUGAUUGGGGUUGUGAUUCAGAUCCAAGUGGUAGAAGUGUUAAAAUUCAUUCAGCAGCUUAUGAAUCAAAACCUUGA